AUGGGAAUUCAUAUACCCUACGUCACGUCCAAGGCAUCGCGGUCGAAUACCAGCGAUGAGGUUGGAGAUGCCGAUAGUUUAGGGUCCAGCAACCAACGCGAGUCGCCCGCAAAGACAACUAAAGUGAUGCUCGAGUCACACGAAAUACAGAGGGCGCCCGCCAGCGAUGAUGAAGACCGGAUUCAGAUAAAACCCGUAAACGAUGAGGAUGACACUUCUGUCAUGAUCACUUUCAACCAGUCCCUUUCGCCGUUCAUCAUCACGUUGACUUUCGUCGCGUCUAUCUCCGGGUUCAUGUUCGGUUACGACACCGGUUAUAUAUCCAGUGCUCUGAUCUCGAUCGGAACCGAUCUGGAUAAUAAGGUACUCACUUAUGGAGAGAAGGAAAUCGUCACUGCAGCUACGUCUCUGGGGGCUCUGAUCACGAGUAUCUUCGCCGGUACUGCAGCUGACUUAUUUGGGAGGAAACGUUGUUUGAUGGGGUCUAACCUGAUGUUUGUCAUCGGCGCAAUCUUACAGGUCUCCGCGCACACGUUUUGGCAGAUGGCCGUUGGCAGAUUGAUCAUGGGUUUCGGUGUCGGUAUCGGCUCCCUGAUCGCGCCUCUAUUUAUCAGCGAGAUCGCUCCCAAAAUGAUCAGAGGAAGACUUACCGUUAUCAAUUCCUUGUGGUUGACCGGUGGUCAACUGGUCGCUUACGGUUGCGGUGCCGGUCUAAACCACGUCAACAACGGCUGGAGAAUCCUCGUUGGGCUGUCUCUGGUUCCCACUGCCGUGCAAUUUACAUGUCUGUGCUUCUUGCCGGACACUCCAAGAUACUACGUUAUGAAGGGAGAUUUGCAUAAUGCCACUGAGGUUCUGAAAAGAAGUUACACCGACACGUCGGAGGAGAUCAUUGAGCGUAAAGUGGAGGAGCUUGUCACCUUAAACCAAUCCAUUCCCGGCAAAAACGUCCCUGAAAGAGUAUGGAAUACCAUCAAAGAAUUGCACACUGUCCCAUCUAAUUUACGAGCCCUGAUCAUCGGUUGUGGGCUACAAGCAAUUCAACAAUUUACCGGUUGGAAUUCGCUGAUGUAUUUCUCUGGUACCAUUUUCGAAACGGUCGGUUUCAAAAAUUCCUCUGCGGUUUCCAUUAUCGUCUCCGGUACAAAUUUCAUUUUCACGUUGGUUGCCUUUUUCUCCAUUGACAAAAUUGGCCGCAGAACCAUCCUGUUGAUCGGAUUACCGGGCAUGACCAUGGCAUUGGUCGUGUGCUCUAUUGCGUUCCACUACCUAGGUAUCAAGUUUGAUGGGGCUGUCGCCGUUGUUGUGUCAUCCGGAUUCUCCUCCUGGGGCAUUGUGAUCAUCAUCUUUAUUAUUGUGUUUGCUGCAUUCUAUGCCCUAGGUAUCGGUACUGUUCCAUGGCAGCAAUCCGAGUUGUUCCCUCAAAAUGUAAGGGGUAUCGGGACCUCGUAUGCAACUGCCACAAACUGGGCCGGUUCUCUAGUUAUUGCGUCUACAUUUUUAACAAUGUUGCAGAACAUCACUCCCGCAGGUACGUUUGCUUUCUUCGCCGCAUUAUCAUGCGUGUCAACCAUUUUCUGUUACUUCUGUUAUCCAGAAUUGUCGGGCUUGGAACUAGAAGAAGUGCAAACCAUCUUAAAAGAUGGAUUUAACAUCAAGGCGUCACAGGCCUUGGCCAAGAAGAGAAGACAGCAAGUUGCCAGAGUUCAUGAAUUGAAAUAUGAGGCAACUCAAGAAAUUAUAGAAGAUAUUUAA